AGUUGUUACAAAUGUGAUCAGCACUUCGCACAAGGAUCACUUCGUCAACACAUUCAUCAAUGUCCUCAACGACUUUACAAACUCCGAUCCAUCUUCGACAUUGGCUGCUCAAGCUUUGGAGGAGGCUUACAAAAUCACUGUACAACCGCCUUCAGUGAUCUUUUUGUUUACUACUCAUGAUUUCUCUAAGUUUGCCGUUACCUACCUCAAACAUCAGCACUUGGGCACUCAGGCCUACAAAAUCACUGUACAACCGCCUUCAGUGAUCUUUUUGUUUACAACUCAUGAUUUCUCUGAGUUUGCUGUUACCUACUUCAAACGUCAGCACUUGGGCACUCAGGACACAAAGCCUCUUCUUCCAGCUCGUCAAUCCGGAGGACGCCUUCUACCGUUGACACUUGCAGCACCCAGAAACAUAUUAGGUGUUCUAACCUCAAUAAUCAAGGAGAAUGCGCUUGUUUACGACGACGCUUUCAAGAAUUGUACGAGUGCCCAAACAGCAAGUUUCUAUGUGGAGUCCACUGCUGCUAGAGUGAUUUUGGAUAUUACUGGAAAUGAUGUAGCCGUAUCAGGAGCUGUUUCCGUUACUGAUGGACAAGGAAACCCUAUUGUUGUAAACCCUCGAACCGCUCUAUUAAACGAUGCUGCCGCACUUGUGAUCGACUUCCCCUUGAAACAAGGUGGACCUGUUGGAGGUAAAUGGACUGUAACAAUCAAAACUACUUCCGGUAGUUGCUUUAUACAGGUAAUGUGUCGUUUUCAGUAA